AUGCGACAGCAGACUAUUGCAGGGAAGUCUCUAUAUAAAGACUAUUACAAAAGCUUUGGACUCAGUGUUAAUCUAAGAACAGAUACUGCUACUAUCUUUACUAUUUAUAAACCUGAAAGAGCUUGUCCCGAUAAUUCCAAGCAGGGAGAGAAUAGGAUCAAGGUAGACCCAUAUACAAGUAUUAACCUGAAUUUUGUAGGCAGGGCUGGCGACAAGAAUAGUAAACCUGAUAUCAAUAAAAUCCUUGCUGAAUACACUGUAUCCCUUGAGUAA